CUCUCUCUCUCUCUCUCUCACACACACACACACACACGCUAAGCUAGCCUGACAGCUAGCUCGCUAGCUGCACAACAGUCAUUGGUAACGUCAAAACCAAACUGCCUAUCCGUUUUCUUUAGAUAUCCGCCAUGGAUUUGAAUAAUAUCUUGUCGCAGCUUGAAACUGCCAACGAGGAGGAAAUCGAGAAGCUUCUGCAGCAGUAUAAUCGAGAGAACAGUCACACCUUCACUUUUGACCCAAAGGAAGAAGCACUGCGGAGUAAGCUGUGUCAGAGUGUGUUGUCAGUACUUGGGAGACAGGUGCAGCCCAGCUGUCAGAAGACAUGUUUGGAGACUCUCCGCAUCCUGUCCAGAGACAAGCGUGUCCUCGCACCUGUAGCCACCAGGGAAGGCAUCUUGAUCCUGGGAAGAAUGGCGAGGCUGCACGCUGGAGAGGAAGGAGGUGAUAACCAGACAAGCUCUCAGGAAGACACACAGUCAGAGGAGGAGGAGAGGGUGGUGGUGGAGGCGUUGAAGUGCCUAUGCAAUGUGGUAUUCAACAGCCCUGCAGCUCAGCAGGUCAGUGUAGAUGUGCAGCUGGCUCACGGCCUGUGUGCCAGCCUGCAUACAGCCCGCACAUGGCAUCACGAGGUGGGCCUGUUCACACUGCGCCUUCUUUUCCUGCUGUCUGCCCUGCGGCCUGAUGUUAGGGGGGUUUUGAGGAGAGAAUGGCAUGCGGUGAGACUAUUGACAGAGGUCCUGGAGCACACCCUCGAUGUGCGCUGGGUAGGCCCCUAUGAAGCGGCCCGUCCAGAUCCACAGGCCCUGCCCAUGCCUGCAGAGGACAAUGAGCGAGCAAUGGAAGCACUCAAGGCCUUGUUCAACCUCACUCUGUCUGACGCUGGUGGUGAGGAGGAUGACCACCAGUUUCGACUGAUUGCUGCCAUCCUGCGUCAUCUGUUGAUGCUGAAGACUGAGACAGAGGUGAAAACAGAGGAAGCACACAGCCAUGCCGUCAACCUGCUUAACAACCUGCCUGUGUCCUGCCUGGACGUGUUAAUCGACGUGCCUGUCCAGGGAGGACUUGAGAAAUAUGGUGGGAAAAACAUGGAUGCAGUCCAGGUGUUACUAGACUUCAUGGAGAAGAGGAUUGACAAGGGCUCCAACUACAAAGAGGGACUCACUCCGGUGCUCAGCCUUCUGACUGAAGGAUCCAGACACCACAGAGAGAUCCGCAGAUAUAUCAAAGCUCAGGUACUUCCCCCACUGAAAGAUGUGAAGAUCAGACCAGAAAUUGGCACCGCCAUCAGAAACAAGCUGGUUCGCCUUAUGACUCAUGUUGACAUGGGUGUGAAGCAGACGGCUGCAGAGUUUCUCUUCGUUCUUUGCAAAGAGAGUGUGGACAACCUGUUGAAGUACACAGGAUAUGGGAACGCAGCAGGACUGCUGGUGGCUCGAGGACUUCUCGGAGGAGGGAGGGGAGAGACUCAGUACUCUGAAGAUGAAGACUCAGAUACAGAGGAAUACAAGUCUGCCAAACCCUUCAUCAACCCCAUCACUGGUCACGUGGAGGAACCGAUGCCGAACCCAAUCGAAGAGAUGACAGAGGAGCAGAAGGAGUAUGAAGCCCAGAAACUGGUCAAUAUGUUUGACAAGUUGUCAAGGCAGAACGUGAUUCGACCCAUGGGCGUCAGGCCGGAUGGGACGUUAGCGCCUCUUGAAGAAACACUCUGUGAUCGAUCUGAGGACAACUCAGGAUCAGACUCUGACUAGUGCUCUGCACAUUGAGGCCACAUUUUCCAGACUAAGCCCAUCAGGCCUCCCAUCUUAAGCUGUGUCCCAUUUCAAGGGCUGAAUCCUUUCUUUUGGAGGAUGGUACCCAUGAAGGAGGGUCUUUCAGAGGAGCAAAAUGCCGAAAGAGAAAGUCUAAAAAUCUACAGUCAACAGAGUGUAGCUGUCUACACAAAAAAGCCCUUACAUGAGCUGGAUCAGGAAAUGUUUAACUGAGAGUAGCUGUCAGACAAAACAUCCACAUGCUGUACAAAUAGCACCCUAUAAAUUAGUCUAGUUAAAAUAAUGGCAGUCAUCAGUAGUAGUAGUAGUAGUGUGUUGUGUGACUUCUACCCACACAGAAACCCAAACGGUGGAUUGAGGCGCCUCUUUUCAACUUGUUGAGCCCACUUUAUCAUUAGGAAGUAGCCCUAAAUUGGCUGACCAGAGUUAACCUUACAAGUUAUAAUGUUAAGGGUCCUUAUAACUUCUAAUUACUGUCACUUUAUAGUUCAGCUGACAUCUACCAGACUCAUGACCACUCGAAUGCAAAUACGCUAUCAGGUAAAUGUGAUGUGGCCAAGUUUUGCAGUUUGUUCAAGGUGAUGUGGUUUAACUUAUCACAUCAACAAACAAUUGUCCAAUGUGCAGUGGAUUGUGGGAUAGUGAGGGCUGAAAAUUAUACACUCCAGACUAGAAACUCUUCCUUCCUCAGCCUCAUUCAGAGUAUCCUUUGAAAUGGUUCAGGUCUUGUCGGCUCGCUACGGCAUACUCAGUCUAGAAAUGGCACUUAAGAUGAUCCAGCCCUGAAAUGGGACAUAGCUCAACAUUUCACAGGAGACUUUAGGGGCCUUGUUGCUGCCGAAAGCCAUUCUUCAAAGUGGAAGUGGACUUGGAUGUGCAAUGCACUAUAAUGCAUAGGAGGCCUCUGUGGUUACUGUCGCACCUUCAUCAUUUGUGUUACUUUCUUCCUAAGUUGAGAGGGUAGAGGUAGGUAACAUAAUGUUUGCUGGAUCAUGUGUUUCUCAUGGAAAACACUGUUGUCAUAGUUUGUUAAAAGUGUAAUUGAAUCUUAAAUUAUCAUUCCUUCACCUGUGCUUUUCUUUUUGACUUUUUUUUUUUUUUUAAGUUUCUCUUGAUUAUUUUUCUGCUACAUGUUUUGUCCACUGUUUGUAUCUCUAGAUAAUUCAAGUGCACAUUAUACACACACAUUUAAACAUGAAAUCAUAGUAUAAACUGUUAACAAUGAAGUUUCUCCUCGGUUUAAAAUCAUGGGGCCUGUCCAGACUGGACCACAGGAUUGAUGUAUAGUUAGAAAUCAGGCAGUGCCAAUGUGGAUAGUUUGAACUUGCAGCUCACAGUGAAUCUAUAUUUGGUUGUGUAAUUAUCAUGAAUGUUGCACAUCAGUUAGUCGCCAAGGAAACUUUCUGGAUUCAGGGCUUGUUGCUUACUGUCAUGUCACUGAAAGGUGUUUUGGACAAGAAAACUUCCUCUUUUCAUUUAGAAUGAAGAGAUGCUACAGCUUCCUGUGGUGGACAAUAGUAAACAGAUGAGAUGUUUUCUGCCUGUUGUGGACUCUUGACAAAGAAAUGUGUAAACUGAAAUGAUUGUUUUCUAAUCUACAUUACUCUUGCCAAAUCUGCAUGAUGUUAAAUCAGUUCUCAGUAACGUGAUUUGUUUUCUAGAUUGAAAUUUUGGCUAAUUUUAUAUAAAUCCACAGGUUUAGUCUAUGUAUAAACAGAAUAUUUUUUCUUUGUGUUGGUACAAUUUUUGAUUAAAUGUAAAAGCUGCCAGUUCUGAAGUCAGCGGCAUGAUGAGAUACAAGUUUCAAAUCAACAGAUUUGGCUUCCUAAUUGUAAUCCUGCUUUGGAUUACUGAUACAUUUGUUGUAAAGGAGAAAAAAAGUCUUUUAAUUGCUGAUUACAAUCUAGAGAAAAUGAAAAUUGCUUUAACCAGAGAACAUGUGUCACAUGUUAUCACAGGAUUAAGCUCAGUUGUUUGAUAGUGAGCGUACGUUUCACCUGACCUGUGAAUACUACUGCCUCUUCACACCAAGAACAAUGCAGAUAAUUUGGGUGACAAAUUAAAGGGACAACCAACAUUAAGUGUCUUAGUAAAGGUGCGAGGCCACCAUGAGCUGCCACAACAGCUUCAAUGCACCUUGUCAUAGAUCAGCAGUCUGAGGCUGCAAAGGCCAUAGCAUAAGAGUCACACAGUUUCCAUACUUAAAUCAUCCAGUGGCCAUUUGUUUGGGGUCUCCUCUCAUUUCUUCAGGUUUUUCCCUUUAACAUGCAUCCGUGGAUCACAGUUCUUUCUCUCACACUCCCAUGUAAAUGCCUUCUUUUCCCUCCACAAUCAUCACAGGAUAAAUUUAAAUUGCAUGUUGAUCACCUUCUCUCCAUCUGGAAAGACUAUGUUAUGAGAAUCAUUUUGUUCUUUUUGCACAUUCUUUACAUACUGUAAAUAGCACCACUCUUAUUUUAUGUAGUGAGGUGUCCACUGAAAAGUUAAUAAACUGGAGAAUAUGA